GCAACCACAAUUUCUUUCAAAGAAAGAAGUAAAUACACUGCGACUAACACAACAAUGAGGAUUCGAGGACAUUUUUCACGCAUAGCACAGACUGCUAUUUUGUCUGUUGUUGUUAUGGUCUAUCUGUGUCAAGCUGGCGUAGCUGGUCAGUCUACCUGUGCUAAAGAUCUUGCUCCAGAACCGGUGAAAGAAACCCUCGAGGAUGGCUUGAGCUAUAAAGAUGACAUUGUUCUAAUGUGUUCAGAUGGCAAAUGUGAAAAACUUUCGCUUGGCAAUAUUAAAAACGCCUAUCCAGGUGCGUUUUCUAGCAAGAAAGAGGCCCAGAAAAGUACGGGAUUGAAGUACAACACUUAUGUUGAAAGGGUCCCGUCAGCAUGUGCCUUAAAACAGCCAGCUGCAGCAAGUCCUAGUGCUGCUGCUCAAUUGAUCAGGCCGAUCUGUCGUCGUUUUUGGAGUGACCGUGAUGGAUGUUGUCCUACAUGGAGAUAUGUAACAUUCCACAACGGUCCACUCAAAAACAUUUUCGGAAGACGGUGCUACAUUCUUCAAAUACCAUAUUUAAGAUUAUACCAGUAUAUAUCUGUUGGGCUUUGCGGAUGGCCACAGAAUUGUAACGGAAGAUGCACACAACAAUACACAAUACAGUCUAUGUUAGCAUGGUGUCCAGGAAAUGGAGGAAUUAGGAUGCACCAUUUCAGAAUUCCGACUUAUUGCUCCUGUCAGCAAGUUAGAGGCUAACCAGAUGAAACAGAACCAAGAGAAAUUUGAAAAUACUUUAAGAGUAUUUUUUCUUAAUUUCGUGUUUAGAAACAUAUAUUCUACAAGCCUAUUCGAUUCUUAUAACACUUCAGCCUUUUUUUUUUUAGCCAGUUAAUUAUAUUUCGGCUUUGCAAGUUAUUUUUUCAAAUCGCAAUAAAUACUUGUAACAUCUGUUUCAUAUAUCAAAUGUUGUAAUGUUAAUAAGUUGGAAAAAAAACAAGAAAAAAAUCAGAAGAACAUGAAAGUAACCUGUAAAUUAUAUCGAUUCAAUAUUUCAGUUUUAUGAAUAUUUGAAAAUAAAUGUCAUCUUUAUAACUUUUAUACAUUGUCAAGUGAUAUUAUCAUUCAUUCAUUAAUUUCUGUGUGAAACGAAGGAAUGAGUGAUAUUAUCAAUGAUUAUGACCAUUUAAAUAUUUAGUGAUAAAACGAUAAAACAAAUACAUUGAUUGUAAAACACCUGUGAACUACAAAUUGUUUGUGAAAUAAAUUAGAUGCAUAGCA